AUGUCUCGCCAGUCCACUGUGAGGAUCCAGAGGGGGAGAAGUGGCUUCAGUGCCGCUUCGGCCGUCGUCCCCAACACUUGCCGCACCAGCUUCAGCUCACGCUCCGUCACCCGGGUCGGGGGCUGCAAUGCUGGCAGUGGGUUUGCCAGGGUUGGUGGUGGCUUUGGAAGCAAAAGCCUCUACAAUGUUGGUGGAUGCAAGAGGAUCUCUGUGUCUGGAAGGGGUGGUGGCUUCUAUGGAUCUGCAGGUUUUGGUGGUGGCCCUGGUAGCGUGUAUGGUGGUGGCUUUGGCAUGCCAGCUAACCUUGGCUAUGGAUAUGGUGUAUUUGGUGGUGGCAUGGGUGGCCCUGGAUUCCCAGCUGGGGGCAUCCACGAAGUCUCCGUCAAUCAAAGCCUUCUGAAACCUCUCAACUUGGAGAUAGAUCCCAGCAUCCAAAGGAUCCGGAAGGAGGAGAAGGAACAAAUCAAAACCCUCAACAACAAGUUUGCCUCUUUCAUUGACAAGGUCCGAUUCCUUGAGCAACAGAAUAAAGUGCUGGAAACCAAGUGGAGCCUGCUGCAGGAGCAGGGGAUGAAAACAGUGAAGAACAACGUGGAGCCGCUUUUUGAGACUUAUAUCAACAACCUCAGGAUGCAGCUGAACAGUUUGCUGAGCGACAAAGGAAGGCUGGAGGGAGAGCUCGUCAACACACAGUAUCUGGUGGAGGAUUUCAAGAAGAAGUAUGAAGAUGAAAUCAACAGGCGUACAAUUGCAGAGAAUGAAUUUGUGACACUCAAGAAGGAUGUAGAUGCUGCCUAUAUGAACAAGGUGGAACUACAAGCCAAUGCAGAUUCAUUGAUUGAAGAAAUUAAUUUCCUGAGAGCCCUCUACGAAGCAGAGCUGUCUCAGAUGCAGACACAGAUCUCAGACACCUCUGUCGUCCUCACCAUGGACAACAACAGGAACCUGGACCUGGACGGGAUCAUCGCGGAGGUGAAGGCGCAGUACGAGGACAUCGCCAACCGGAGCCGGGCUGAGGCCGAGUCCUGGUACCAGACCAAGUAUGAAGAGCUGCAGGCCACAGCAGGCAGGCACGGGGACGACCUCCGUCACACCAAGCAGGAGAUCUCUGAGCUCAACCGGCACGUCCAGCGGCUGCGGUCUGAAAUCGACAGCGUGAAGAAGCAGUGUGCCAGUCUGAAAGCAGCCAUCACGGAUGCUGAGGAACGUGGGGAGCUGGCCCUCAAAGAUGCCAAAGCCAAACUGGCAGAGCUGGAAGAUGCUCUGCAACAGGCCAAGGCAGACCUGGCCCGGCAGCUCCGUGAGUACCAGGAGCUGAUGAACGUCAAGCUGGCCCUGGACAUCGAGAUCGCGACCUACAGGAAGCUGCUGGAGGGAGAGGAGUGCAGGCUGGCUGGAGAUGGUGUCCCAGUGAAUAUCUCUGUGACCAGAACAACUGUGGGAACAGGAUAUGGAGGAGGAAGCAAUCUCAGCAUGGGAGGGGGAAUCUGCAAUAUGGGGAACAGCUUCAACUGUGGAAGUGGUCCUGGGAUUAGCAGCACCACCCUAGGAGGUGGCAGCAGCUCCAGCGUCAAGUUCGUCUCAACCUCCUCCACCAGAAGAAGUUACAGAAGCUAA